CAUGUUAAAACCUGUCUGAACGCGUUCAAAUCUCUGUUCAUCCUGUUUGAACCCCGUCUGCUUGUGUUUACAACUGUUUGUAUCAUAUCUAUCGGCGAAAAUUAGACUAUUAAUUGCUAUUGGGUUUAAAUUAGUUAAUAACUUCACCGUGGUGUAAGCAUAGCGCUAUAAUCGUUAUAAGAUUUUUAUAUAAACAGACGUUACUUUAACUUGUUGGUAAUGUGUUAAGUCGAUAUUUGUAUACUUUAAGAAUGGCUGGUUCUCUCGCUACAAUUGCCAAAUUCUAUAACAAACAAACAUUUUUUAAACCCCAACCUCACAGUGAAUUAAUCGAUUGCACUGAUUACGUUUUGAAUUUCAAUCCUCGUAAAAUCAUUCAGAUAGGAUUGGAUCCAAAAGAUCGAUUUAACAUAACUAUUCGUUUACUAUCGUCAACCCGUUACAUACUUAUAACGAUAGAUUUCCUACAAUGGAUUUAUACGUUGAUGGGUAAUAUUCUGUCGCUAAUUCUCGACCCGGUAUCAAGACAAAGGAUUAUUUUACUCAAGGAUGAAUACGUUACACUCUCAAAGACUACGUUUCAAGGAGAGUCUUCGCUAGUCUUUGAAUCACAAGCACAAGAUGAAUGCCGAGUGUUACUCACCCAAUCAGACAUUUUAAAACUCAGCGCUUUGGAAUGUUGUAUCUUUGAGACUAUCAAUCAAAAGAUGACUGUAAUUCAACCAUUGGUUCUACAACAGUUGGAACAGAUGGCUCAAUAUAUGAAAUCUCAGUAUGAAGUAAAUGUGGAAAACAAAUGUAUGUUGAUCAAUGCGGUUUCGGAUUAUACGAUUAGAAAUAGUUUACCCAAUAGCGAUCUGAGCUACAUAAGCCAAAUAAAACAAUUUGCGAGCCAGCAGUUGGAACAACGGUGGACGAUGCUGGAAGAAUAUACUAAAGAAAUGUCUUCUAACGGAGAAAACGUACGCUCGACAUUUUUUGGAUCGCUGGCUGAUGAUACAACAGAUGCAAAUAUUCAGUCGGAAACAAUCAUACCAUCAAGUACAAACAACUAAGAAAUACGAACA